CGGCAGGAAGUAAAGGCGUCGUCUGAGAAUUUGUUACGACGGGAGGAAUGGAAGGAGAGGGCGCGGCCGGUCCAGCUUCCCCUGCCCGGGAGCGUGCAGCCGCGGUGCGCACGCGCGACAGGAAGACGGCUUGAUGGUGGAGAGCUCUCAACUUGUGGUCCCCGCCAGUCCAGAUGCAGCAGGGGGUGUGGCCUGGCUCCCGUCUCGGUCAAUCCGGAUCAGCAGGGGGUGGGGCCUGGCUCCGUCCCAGCCAGUCUGGAUGCAGCAGGGAGUGCGGCCUGGCUCUGCCCCAGCCAAUCCAGAUGCAGCAGCGGUGGGGCCUGGGUCCCGGCCAAUCCGGAUGCAGCAGGGCUCCGUCCCAGCCAAUCCGGAUGCGGCAGGGGGUGGGGCCUGGCCCUCACUGGCAGGCGCGGGGUUUGCGCGCGGCUUUCGUUCGGUUGCGGCUGUUCGCGCGAGCGGGAGUCGGCGCCAUGGCGUCGGGGCUGAUGUCGUGUUUAGCCGCGCGCUUGGGCAUCGCGGAGCCGGAGGUGCUGAGUUUGGGUGCCGUUGGCUUCGAGGAACCGGCGGAAGGAAGCGACCUCGGGGGAGCUGGCAGCCUUCAGGGCGCCGCAGCGGAGGAACGAGAGCAGGUGCUUUUUGUUUCAAGAAACCGAAGAACUUAACUUUUGCCCUAAAGCGUUUGAGCUCGGUGGUGCCCGGGGUCAGGGCUGCUCCAUCCCCCAGGACAGCGCCGUCCAACCCAAGGAUGCAGGCUCCGUCCCACCCCGUGAAAGCAGAGGAGUACCUGCGACUGUCCCAGGUGAAGUGCGCUGGCCUGUCGGCACGCACCACGGAAACGAGCAGCGCGGUCAUGUGCCUGGACCUCGCGGCGUCCUGCGGGAAGUGCCCCCUGGACAGAGCUUAUUUAAUUAAACUUUCUGGCUUGAACAAGAAGAUGUAUCAGAGCUGUCUUAAAUCCUUUGAGUGUUUACUGGGCCUGAAAUCAAGUAUUGGAAUAAGAGACCUAGCAGUACAGUUUAGCUGUACAGAAGCAGUGAACAUGGCUUCAAAGAUAUUGCAAAGCUAUAAAUCCAGUCUUCCACAAACACAGCAGUUGGAUCUCGACUUAUCCAGGCCACUUUUCACCACUGCUGCAUUACUUUCAGCAUGCAAAAUUCUAAAGCUAAAGGUGGAUAAAAAUAAAAUGGUAGCUACAUCUGGCGUAAAAAAGGCUGUAUUUGACCGACUAUGUAAACAAUUAGAGAAGAUUGGGCAGCAAGCUGACAGAGAGGCUGGCGAUUCAGCUACUCCACCAAAGAAGAAAAAGAAGACAAUGGCUGAGACUCCAGCAAGGGAAACAGAGAAGAUAGUAGAGAGCCCAUGUAAACUGCAAAAAGAUGAAGAUCUGACACAGGAUUAUGAAGAAUGGAAAAGGAAAAUUUUGGAAAAUGCUGCCAAAGCACAAAAGGCUACAGCAGAGUGAUUUCAGCUUCCAAACUGCUAUGGGCUGCAAACAGUACAUCUGCCACCUCACUGAAGAUGUGAGGGCUUUGGAAUUUUGUUUCAACUAUUAUAACAAGGAUCCUUAGACUGUUGCCUUAAUAGCAAAGAAGCCAGCACUGGGGCUAAGCUCUUGGCGGCAGGCUGGCUGGUGACACGAGCAACAAAUCCUUGUUGGUCAGGCACGGUGCCUGGUUGCCUUGGCCUUGGCUCCCCACAGGUCUGCAUUCCUACAAAAUGGAAUUGGAGCCAUUUUGCUCUUUUGUUUAUUCAGGAGACAGUUCCCUGUCCUAUCCAGAAUAAAAUUCAGGCUGAAUGGAGUCUUGGGGAUUUUACUUAACGUUUUUGUGUAAAUUUUUUGUUUGACUAAAUCAAUAUGUGGUAAAGCCUAAGUUAAUAAAAUAUUCUUUUUGUAUGCA